AGUCUGUCCCUGUUUAUCCGAUGGCCUCAGGAGGGGUUGUGGGGGGGCUGAUGAGCCAGUGGGCAGCUGUCGGGCUUCCUGGGCUGGGAGGACAGAGCAGUCCAGGGACAGGCCCCUGUCCGGGCUACAGAGGAGCCAGGAGCCAUGAGGGUGGCAGUGGGCAUGCUUUGGCUCCUGGCCCUCUGGGGGCACCCCCAAGCCCAGGGCUCCUGCCCCUCUCAAUGCAGCUGCAGCCUCUACAUCCUGGGUGAUGGCAACAAGGCCAGGACGGUGGUGUGCAACGACCCGGACAUGACCCUGCCCCCCGCGUCCGUCCCUCCAGACACCUCCAGACUGAGCCUGGAGCGCACGGCCAUUCGCAGGGUGCCCGGGGAGGCCUUCAGGCCGCUGGGCCGCCUGGAGCAGCUGUGGCUGCCCUACAACGCGCUCAGCGAGCUCAGCGCCCUGAUGCUGCGGGGCCUGCGCCGCCUGCGCGAGCUGCGCCUGCCCGGGAACCGCCUGGCCGCCUUCCCCUGGGCGGCGCUCAAGGACGCCCCCCAGCUGCGGCUGCUGGACCUGCAAGCCAACCGGCUCUCCGCCGUGCCGCCCGAGGCCGCGCGCUUUCUGGGGAACCUCACUUUCCUCGACCUCUCCAACAACCAGCUGAUGAGGCUCCCGCAGGAGCUGCUGGCCACCUGGGCUCACCUGCAGACCGGGCCCUUCCUUCCCGGCUACCGCACCAGGCUGGUGCUGGGGCUGCAGGACAACCCCUGGGCCUGCGACUGCCGCCUCUAUGACCUAGCCCUUUUCCUGGAAGGCUGGGCCCCACAUCUGGCCUUCAUAGAGGCCAGGCUGAAGUGUGCCAGCCCACGCAGCCUGGCUGGAGUGGCCUUCAGCCAGCUGGAACUGAGGAAGUGCCAGAGUCCUGAGCUCCGCCCGGGGGUGGCCAGCGUCAGGUCCCCGCUGGGCAGUGCGGUAUUGCUGCGUUGUGGGGCCACCGGCGUCCCUGGGCCAGAGAUGAGCUGGAGGAGAGCCAACGGGCACCCACUCAAUGGCACAGUGCACCAGGAAGUCUCCAGCGACGGCACGAGCUGGACGCUGCUGGGCCUGCCUGCUCUGUCCCCCCCUGACUCUGGAGACUACAUCUGCCAGGCCAAGAACUUCCUGGGAGUCUCUGAGACUGUCAUCUCCCUGGCCAUCACUGAACUUCAGGCUUCCACGGAACGGAGUGGGAGCCCAGGGACACUGUGGGCAAGGGGUGAGGGGGCAGAAGCUGCUGCGUACAACAAGAUGGUGGCCAGGCAUGUCCCUGACAUCCCCGGACCUGCUGUCCCGGCCACCAGGUCCCCUGUGCCCAACAUGAAGGGGGAGCUGACCCUCCAGCACUUCCAGAUGGGGACCCCAGGAGGGCGCUCAAGUGGGCAGGCAGGACGCCAGGAGGCCCGAAUGGUGAGGUCUCUCAAGGUGGUGGGAGACACUUACCAGAGCGUGACCUUGGUGUGGAAGGCCCCCCAGGCUGGCAACACGACCACCUUCAGUGUCCUCUACGCGGUCUUUGGGCAGCGCAGCAUGCGGCGGGUGGUUGUGCAGCCUGGGAAGACCAGCGUCACCAUCCGUGGGCUUGCGCCCAAGACCAAGUACGUGGCGUGUGUCUGUGUGCGGGACCUGGUGCCCCAGAAGGAGCAGUGUGUCAUUUUCUCCACGGAUGAGGUGGUAGACGCCGAGGCCACCCAGCGGCUCAUCAACGUGGUGGUGAUCAGUGUGGCUGUUGUCAUCUCCCUGCCCCUCACCCUGCUCGUGUGCUGCGGGGCUCUGCAGCGGCGCUGUGCCAAGUGCCCCACGGGGGGCUCUGCUGAGGCCGCGGGCGCCUACGUCAACCUGGAGAGGCUGGGUCACAGCGAGGAUGGCUCCGAGGAGCUGUCCCAGCACAGCCUCAGUGAGGCCGACAGGCUCCUCUCGGCCCGGUCCAGCACGGACUCUCAGGUCCUGGGCGCCAGGGGGGGCCGGCGGAUCAAUGAGUACUUCUGCUGA